AUGGAGAAUAUGUUUGCCUCGAAUGCAACACCUGAAUACGAAUGGGAUGCUCAGAGACUAAAUGUCAACUUUCAAUAUACUUUUCUCCUCAUCGUUGAAAUUUUGGUGUUUCUACUCGGCGUACCCGGUAACUGCCUGAUUCUUCGUGUCUACUGGACCAAGACUCGCAAGACCAGCACCGAUAUUCUGAUCAGAGCCCUGGCCUGGGCUGAUCUGGUCGUCUGCUUGCUGAGUAUCCCGGCAAUUAUUGUAUGGUCUUUAUUUGUGUUCGGAAAGUUUUUGCCGUAUUCAUUUAUCCUAGCGCUUAUAGACGCUGUUAUCAAUGCACUUACUGACGCAGCAAUAGUCUCGUCAUUCAGUAUCACUGCGGUGAUUGCGGUAGAACGCUGUGACUGCGUAUGCCGUCCGCACAAACGGAUUUUCAAUCCACGACGGUCUAAGAUGGCUGUUUUGGUCGCAGUGUUGUUUGCAAUUGCUAUAAACGCAGGACAACUAACCCUGGAUAUAUGCUUUAUAACGUCAGGCACCGAACCCCCUUCUUUACAGGUAUACGGGAAAAUAGUAGAGAUUGUAGAGCUAGUUUUAUUUGUGACAGCGUUAGUGACAAUGGGUGCAUGUUACGGGAAAGUUUACGUCACCAUCCGUAAACACGUCAAAGUAGGGCCCGCCCAAGCUCCAACUGCACGCGAUGCUGAACGCAGUCCGAGUGAUCUGAGAGUCGGACGUCAAGCUAACUGCUCGACACGACCGACACCACCUCAACAGAACAUUGACUUAGCGACAAGUGAAUCAUUUGUGGACGAGGCCGUAACGAGGUUCGUACAUCCACCAAGCACAAGCUCGUCAAUGCACGCAAACUCUUACCAAGCGAAACCCAACGAUGUAUGCACUGCUGCUCACGUUGUAUCUUUUGCACACCAAGACUCUUCUGGCCCUAGCCAACCCAAUGUGAUCCCCGAACCCAAAACUGCGGCCCAAGACAAUACCCCAUCGCAGAGGCAGAGCCGUCAAGAGCAAGGACACGCCCCUCAAAGGGUCGGUGCUGCCAAACUACAGCGUAAGACAACCAGAAUGCUUUUCAUCACCAGCGUGGUGUUUCUCCUGACCUGGAUCCCUUACCUUGUUUUCACUGUCAAAUACUAUGCGACUCCAUAUUCUGAUGAUUUUGAGGAAAUAAUUGGAGCCAUUUCGAUCAUUCUUCUGAUCAACAGUGUAGUUAACCCACUGAUUUACGGAAUCGCAAACAGACGAUUUAGGAGCGACUGUAAGGAGGUUUUCCGCGAAAUCAAAUGCUUCAAAUGCUGGUAG